GGCUUCGCGAGGCGGGCGGAGGCGUUUGGGCGCCGGCGGCUGCCGUAGCGGGGAGCGUCGCUGCCCAGGCCGGGCUCGCCGCCGCCGCCAUGAGCGACAAGGGGGAGCUCGACCUGACCGGCGCCAAGCAGAACACCGGCAUGUGGCUGGUCAAGGUGCCAAAAUAUUUGUCUCAGCAGUGGAAUAAAGCUUCAGGAAGAGGCGAAGUAGGAAAGCUAAGAAUUAGCAAGAAUCAAGGAAGAACAGAAGUGUCUUUCACCUUGAAUGAAGACCUUGCUAACAUCGAUGAUAUUGGUGGGAAGCCAACUUCUGUCAGCGCACCCAGAGAACAUCCGUUUCUCUUGCAAAAUGUGGGAGGACAAACAUUAACUGUGUUUACGGAGAGCUCUAUAGAGUACCAGGCAGAUGAAAAAUCUGACAACAGCAGUAACGAGAAACUGUCGUUGGAAGGAAUUGUGGUCCAGCGUGCAGAAUGCCGGCCUGCAGCCAGUGAAAACUACAUGAGACUGAAAAGGCUGCAAAUAGAAGAAUCAUCCAAGCCUGUAAGCUGGACCAAGCAGCUAGAUAAAGCUGUAACCACCAAUUACAAACCUGUGGCUAACCAUCAGUAUAAUAUUGAGUAUGAAAAAAAGAAGAAAGAAGACGGAAAACGGGCCCGGGCUGAAAAGCAGCAAGUGUUGGACAUGCUCUUUUCAGCUUUUGAAAAACACCAAUAUUACAAUAUUAAAGACUUAGUGGACAUAACCAAACAACCCGUGAUUUACUUGAAAGAAAUUUUAAGAGAAAUAGGCAUCUACAAUGUGAAGGGGACGCACAAGAACACUUGGGAGCUUAAACCAGAAUAUAGACAUUACCAAGGGGAAGAUAAGAGCGACUGACAGAACACCUCAGCUAGCUGGCGAGGAACACCGGACAGUUGGCUCCCUGGAUGACAACUGCAAAGAGCAACUGGUUUGCAAGAAAGAAGCUUGAUUUUUUUUUAAAAAAAAAAAGGUGUUGCCAAGAACAUACGGCUUGUGUGUAUGUAUGUUUUGGUAAAUAGAAUAAAUGUGUAUUAGAUUUCUUUAA